AUGCCCGUGUGGUUCAGUUCACUCAUAAUCAUCGCCAUCUACGUGUCCACAACCUUUUUCGGUGUCGCCUUGGGCGAUACCUCGUGCGGAGCUGCGUGCGCGGUCCAGAUCACACAGAACACCACUGUGAGUUGUUAGCGCGUUAGCAGCCGUUGAGGGGCGACAACAAGGAGCGACCACCACAUGUACUCAAACCGCAUACCUUGUUUCCCGCCACCAGUGUGGCAAUGUACGAAAUAUCAGGUGCAUGUGCCAAGAUUACGACUACGCCACCCAAUACAGGGGAUGCAUCCAGAGAAGUGAGUCCCACACUGGAGACGAAUACGCGGCACAUCACUCAUCGCGUAAGACAACCACUAAUAUCCGAGCGGAUCCUGUCCUCCCGACCCCCGGCCCCGACAAUCUCAUGAUUUCAUGACACGGGUUAUCUUUGAUUCUCUAGACUGCACCCAAGAUAACCUACAGCUAGUCUUCAGGGCCGACGGUCAAGCAUGUGGGGCACUAGGAAUUUCAAUGACGGAACCCGGCCCAGGUGAGUGCAUCGCAUCGAUAGCUUCUCGCGUCAACAGAAUUCUGCGAGUCAGCCAUACCAAUGGACACGAGAUACCCGCAACCACAUGCCGACCACUGUUCUGAUCACGAGUCCUCCCUCUUUCCACCCUAGUCCUCACUCCGCAACCCCCUCUUCCACGUCCAAACCCCACAACCAAUUUGCCCGCUCGUCCCGACAACACAAACACUGGUACCGGCAGCAGUGGCGACGGCAACACAGGCGGUCCAGGCUUGUUGGGCACCAACUCGGCGGGAUCCUCGAUAACUGUGGGCAAGGGCUUCUCGCUCGUGACGACUCUCGGGGUGGUCACGCUCGUCGUUCUGUGA